AUGCCUUCAGAAUAUUUACGUUCAGAGGAAACGACGCGGUCCAAUUCUAGCCUGAACGGCUUCGAACUUAAUAACGACACGACAACCUCGGAAUACAUUUGUUGCGGUAUUAGCGGCCUUCUGCUCACCCUGUCCUCCAUCUCAAAUUACGGGGUAGCUUUGGCUCUUUCCAUCGAGUUUUUCACCUCGUUAAGACUGACCAACCCCGCAGCCCGACAAAACAGCGUCACUUUGAGCAUCAUGGUUCUAACGUCUAACCAUGAUAUGAUAUUUGAGACCAUCGACACUGGCGGAAUAUGUAAUGUUGCGUCGCAUGGAUCAAACAAGAUAGCUCUGUUCAUUCUGAGAAUUCUUCCGGAAUAUUUGCCGAUUUAUCCUUCUUGCAUUUUAUCAGUCCGAAAAACCGCCAGCGCGAACCCCCCUACCAACCCGAGCCGGCCCUCCGCCCAAUCCCACGGGAACCUCAAAUUCAAAACCUGUGAUUCCUCGGAAUGCACUCGUCCGCAUAGGUCUCUGGUGCAGUCUACUCGUGAUCCUGUGCAGUCCCCUGGCGACCAUGAAGAUGUACUACUAUAUUUGCUACCUUAUCGACGAAAAUCAGAAUUACGAAUUAAAUCAUUUCCCGGCUUCCAGUGGAUAUCUGUCGAGAAACUUGAAUGCGUUACUAAUGUGUUUGAAUAUGGCAUUGUUUCUGGCGUGUUUCGCAUGGGCGAGAGACGAACCUCCGUUGAUUUUGACAUAGUCAAUCCAUCGUCAUACCGAUCAAAUUCCGAUAACCGAGUAAGUCCGUCCGCUUCAUCAUGUUCCUUACCACCGCCCGUCUACAAGACCUAUGUGUCUUCGGACAUCAGAUAUCAUUGUUCCUCCUCGCCUAACACGAACGUGACGGUGAUAUCACUGGACCCACGAUAUCGACGACUGCUCAAGAAACCUUCGCCAACAUCCUCAUUUAAUAGCUUCGAUCACGAGAAUUGGACUCCUCUAGAAAAUACCUUCGCAAAUGAUAGGCGAAGACCUACAGAAGAUGCCAUCAUAAAUAAUGAUUUGAAUGUGGUGAGCUCCCUUUCUCGGAGGAGCGAGAAGGGGAGACACGAUAUCGCCAAGAAUUUGGAAAUGCACAACGGCUGCAGGCGUGGUUACAAUGUGGAGAACCACGACGACAACAAACACGAACAAGACAAUGUAAUGAAUAUGACGCACAACGGGGAAUAUGAUGAUGACGAGAGCCAUCCGUUGAGAGACGUUGACGAAACAAAUCAUCAUUACAUUCCGGAGCUGGUCAUCGCCAUACCCGAGAAAGCCAAAUUACCAUCAUGA